GCUAAGGACAAAAUCGCCACCAGCCUAGACGGUGCCUACAGGGCUUCAAACAGCUCGCCGAACAACGCUCCGUGAUGCAAAUUUGGAUCCCGUUACUGUGGUAAGUGGCCAAACACGUUUGCUCUGUUCCCACAUCCUAUAUCUCCAGGCUACUAUAUAUAUCUUAAAUCCGAAAUCUCUUUAUCUUGUGACAUAUAUAUUUAAUCAAAAAUGUCCCCAAUCACUGAAACUAUGGCCGCGCAAGCAGCAAUUAAAGAUACAAUCAAACUAGAGACAACAUCACCCACUACAUCAAAUGAGGCCAAUUCGGAAACAAUACCUUUAAACACACUCCUCCGGUUAAUACCGGAUUUCGACACAGCACAACCCGCGCAAGUUUAUAGGUUCGUUCGCUCAUGCGACUCCGCUUUUGAAUUGGCAAACGCAUCUCAACAACCAGUGAUCCUCACAUAUACGUUAAAUAGAAUUUCUGGGCAGAAUUCGUCAGAUAUAUUUGCAAAAAGGUACCAAAGUUGGUCAGAGCUGAAAACAUUCCUAAUUCAAAAAUUCUCACAAACGAAAACGUUGACACAUCUUAACUUAGAGCUUCAAUCAUUAUUCCAAAAACCGAAUGAAUCGGUCACCGAUUACUUUCAUAGAGUUGACUUAUGCCGUAAUAAAAUCCUCGACAAAUUAACCGCCGAAGUUUCUGACGCAUCAUUGAUCGGCCGGAAGACCAGCACUGAGGAAACCGCCUUAAGCAUAUUUGUAAAUGGUGUGAGCUCUAAUCUGGGUUCGAUGCUGAGGACAAAAGGUUUCACCACCUUGUCCGAGGCUGGUACAUUCGCGAUUCAAGAAGAAAAGAUUCAAAACAUGAAUCACGCACGUCAGGUCCUAUUUAGAACCCCAGCUUAUAGUAGCACCAUUCGUAGGCCAACGCCACCGAUUAAUCAGACUCAAUCUUCACUUUCAACCGCACAACCAAACACAUUUAGGCCAACAAAAACGUGUAAUUAUUGCAAAAAACCCGGUCACCUGAUUUCUGAAUGCAGAAAGAGAGCUUACAAUAAUAAUAUAAAAAAUCAUAAUAUAGAACGCCCUACUAAUGCCCCUCUUCGCAUCAAUAAUUUAAACUUACAAGCGGCCGAGGAAACGGGCUUUCACUCGGGAACCGCUUCGAUAUAUUGCCCGAAUACCCCGAUGACUUCAUCAAGACAAAACACAGCCCCGGAACUUUACGAAACCAUGCAGAACCUACAACUACAAUAGAUAAAAAUACAUCUAGAUCUUCAAAAUUUCAGCAAUCUCCAAAUACUUUAAAUGCCGAAGUUAUGCGACCGCAAACAAACCCAGUCUAUCGGAGACACCUGCGCGACGCAUCCACACAAACUCCAGAACAAUCUAAUAUCACAGAAAAUCAAAUUCCUAGAUCCACUAAAUCGCUAAAUCAACCAGAACAAUCUAAUAUCACAGAAAAUCCAUUUCCUAGAUCCACUAAAUCGCUAAAUCAAGAUCCAAAAUCUAUGACAAUACAAAGUAAAGUCUCAGAGCCUCCUAAACCUAUUGCAUCGUCAAAUCAAGCUUCAGAGUCUCCCAGAUCUAUAACGUUACAAAAUCAAGUACUAGAGCUUCAUAAAUCCAUCGACUUCCUGCUAACUCAAUUCAUCAAUGUAACUGAAUCUCUUUCGAAAUCUUUAUUACAACAAACUUCAAAUGCAAACGAUACCCCAGAAAUAAGCGCGACAGCCUCUUUUAACCCUAAUAAUACGAACUCCGAGAAUAAUUCUAAGGAAACAUCCCAAAUCAUUGCUAACUCUAAAUCAAUGGACAAUCUAUCGAAUUUAAACCAAAUCACGAAUACCCCAUUCAAAAGUGAAAAAUCGUCUAAAUCAAAACAUCGUUCAAAAUCACAGCGGAAAUCAAAAUCUAAGCAAAAGCCUAAAAUUCCCCAGGAAGAAUAUACUAUAAACACGUUAAACAUACCCCCAGAAGAUCUUAAACAUUGUGUAUUCCAUGUUGACGGUGAACCCAUAACCUUGUUAAUAGAUACUGGAGCAGCCAUCUCAGUCAUAAAUAAAGAUAAAAUCGGCAACAAUAAAAUCGAUACGUCUAGAAUCGCCUCAAUCAUAGGUGUAUCUAACACAAACUCCACCGUCCAAACUUACGGCAUCUGUAACUUAUCCCUAGAUCAAUUGCCCAAGUUCACAUUCCACGUAGCUAACCUUAAUAUUCACGCUGAUGGCAUAUUGGGUAAUGACUUCAUGUCCAAAUUCAAUGUCGAUAUCUCAUAUGAAUCUAAAACCCUGCGAAUACGCGACAGAACAUACAAAUUUCUUACUCUAAACGAUUCUACAAAUCCUCCUAUCGACAACAAUAAACAAACCCUCAGACAAAGAUCAGAAACUGUUAUCACUUGCCAAACUAAAGAUAUCUCAGACGGAACAGCAAUCGUAGACAAACAAUCCAUUGACGAUCACCUAACUCUUCCAAACGCGCUUGUUGUUAUCAAAAAUAAUCAUUUCUUAAUAACGUGCGUAAAUUCUAGCAAUGAAGACAAAACUAUAUCUAUUCCCACCAUCCAUGUAAACUCAAUAAGCGACGUAGACUUCGAUCAGUACCAUCUCCAUACAUUUAACUGCGGUAAUGAUAUAAACACUCGACCCCGAAAAGAUAUAAACGAACUUAUUAGACAAGACCACCUUAAUAACGAGGAAAAAGAAUCUCUAAAUAAAAUCGUCACAGAAUUUUCCGAUAUCUUUUAUACUGAAGGUGAACCUUUGACGUUCACCAAUCAUACAAAACAUUCCAUACCCACUACCUCCGAUACGCCCAUUAAUACGAAAACAUACAGAUUUCCACAAAUUCACCAACAAGAAGUUAAGACCCAAGUGGAUAAAAUGCUAAAUCAAAAUAUAAUAAGACCUAGUACAUCCCCUUGGAGCAGCCCCAUCUGGGUUGUGCCUAAGAAAUUAGACGCUUCCGGAAAACAAAAAUGGCGUGUUGUCAUCGAUUACAGGAAGUUAAACGACAUCACUAUAGGAGAUAGUUACCCACUGCCUAAUAUCACUGACAUACUGGAUAAAUUAGGUCAUUCAAUCUACUUCACGACUUUAGAUCUUGCAUCCGGAUUUCACCAAAUAGAACUAGACCCAAAGGACAUACCAAAAACCGCUUUUAAUACACCAUAUGGACACUACGAAUUCUUAAGAAUGCCUUUUGGUUUAAAAAACGCACCUGCUACCU